AUGGAGUCGGACGCGAGCCGCGUGUCGUCGCCGGACACCGACGACGUGUUUCUGUCCACGCUGCGCCGCUCCGCGCACGCGCACGGCUUCCCGGGCGCCGUGUCGUCCACGCAGGCCGACUCCCCCACGCACCGUCCCCACGCCGGGGGGGCCUACCCGCACCACCACCACCACCACGCGCGCCAUCAUCAGCACCUGCACGACGACGACGACGACGACGACGAGGACGCGCUCUCCGCGACGGCGUCGGCGGCGGCGCGCGCGGCCUCCAAAAAGGAGCGCAAGUUGCUGUCCGAGAACGAGCUUCAGUCCAUCCGCCUGAAGAUCAACAGUCGCGAGCGCAAGCGCAUGCACGACCUGAACGUGGCCAUGGACGGCCUGCGCGAGGUCAUGCCCUACGCGCACGGGCCGUCCGUGCGCAAACUCUCCAAAAUCGCCACCUUGCUCCUGGCCAGGAACUACAUCCUCAUGCUCAGCUCCUCGCUGGAGGAGAUGAAGCGCCUGUUGGCGGACAUUUACGGCGGCGGGGGAGCAGGGGCAGCGGGGUCGGGAGGCGGGGGAGGGGCCGCGCACCACGCCGGCUUCCACGCUUCCAUGACGCACCCGCACCCUGCCGCCGUGGCGGCUGCGGUGGCUGCCGCCGGGCCGCACGGGGUGCACCACCCGCUGCUGCCGCCCCCUCCGCCGCCGCCACCGCCUCCGCCGCCCUCCGCCAGGGCCCCAAUACACGGACUCCUGAAGGCCCCAGCGCCCGGCCCGGGCCCGCUGGGGGCGGCCUUCCAGCACUGGGGGGUCGCCACCGGGAUGCCUUGCCCGUGCAGCAUGUGCGCGGUCCCACGUCUGCAGGCGGGAGAGUCCAAGUGA